GUCCAAAUAUGGCGGAGGUGAGCGGGGAAAUAGGGUUGGGGUGUCGGAGUUAGGGCGGUUUCUUGCAGGCACUCUGUCACCGACUGGCUUUCCACGUCCACGUGAGGCACUUCUAGGGUGGGCUAGCGGUGCGGGGGAGUAGCAGGGUGGCCGUCGGAGUCACCGGCGCCAGGUGUCUGCAGGACUAGGCCGCACAGCAAGCGCCGUGCAGCGCGGGUGUCGGGUUCGGAGGCUGCGGGUGGCCGACAGGGCCGCGGAAGGGAACGCGGCGGCUGUGCUGGGGUCCGAUCUGGACCGGCUGCGCUGCUAUUGCAGCGCCUGGUGGGCGGGAGAAUGAGCAAGCCUUGGGCUGGGAGUGGAAAAGAGGCGGCGGCCAGUCGGUCUGCCUGUCUCUCGCUGCUUGCUGCUGCCAUGUCCCGCUGGGAAUGGAGGGUGAAGGAGCACUGGGCAUCCUUUGGGAGUUCGAGUCCAGUUGGCUCCUUAUCGUCUGAGGAUCAUGACUUUGACCCUUCUGCUGAAAUGCUGGUUCAUGAUUAUGAUGAUGAGCAAACUCUCGAAGAGGAGGAAAUGAUGGAAGAUAACAAAAAUUUCAGCUCUGAAAUUGAAGAUUUAGAAAAGGAAGGAAACAUGCCGUUGGAAGAUUUACUGGCAUUCUAUGGAUAUGAACCCACGAUUCCAGUUAUGGCAGGUUCCAGUGCAGAUAGCUCUCCAAGUGAACUUGCAGAUGAACUUCCAGAUAUGACUUUAGAUAAAGAGGAAAUAGCUAAAGACCUCUUGUCAGGUGAUGAUGAAGAAACACAGUCCUCUGCUGAUGACUUGACACCAUCAGUUACUUCACAUGAGGCUACAGACUUCUUUCCUCGGCCAUUAAGAUCAAACACUACUUGUGAUGGAGAUAAAGAAUCAGAUGGUGAAGAUGUGGAGGUAGACAGUGGUAAUACAUCCGAAGAUUUGAGAAAGGAAAUAAUGGUUGGUUCAAAGUAUCAGGCUGAAAUUCCACCUUACCUUGGCAAGUGUACUGAUGAUGAAAAGGCCUAUGAAAAUGAAGACCAUUUACUUUGGAAUCCUGAUGUGAUCUCAGAAAAUAAAGUUAAAGAAUACCUUUUUGAAAGCUACGUAAGAACAGGAAAUUUAAAAAUGAUUGGCAGAAUUCCUGAAGGACUACAAACACGGGACAAUGAACAAGCACUGUACGAACUUCUCAAGAGUAGCCAUAAUGUUAAAGAAGCAAUUGAGAGAUACUGUUCAAAUGGAAAGGCAUCUCAGGAAGAGAUGACAGCAUGGACAGAAGAAGAAUGCAGAAGCUUUGAACAUGCACUUCUAAUUUAUGGAAAAGACUUCCAUCUCAUACAGAAAAACAAGGUAAGAACCAGAACAGUUGCUGAGUGUGUGGCUUUCUAUUACAUGUGGAAAAAGUCAGAACGGUAUGAUUACUUUGCUCAGCAAACAAGAUUUGGAAAAAAGAGAUAUAACCAUCAUCCAGGAGUUACGGAUUACAUGGAUCAUUUGGUAGAUGAAGCAGAAGCCCUUGGUGGAGCAGUGCAUUCUUCAGCCUUGACAUCUAAUAGUCGAACAGAAACCAUCCCUGAUCAACAGCUAAGCAUUCUGAACUCUAUCACUGCCAAUGAGUUGACAGCAUUGACAAAUAGCGUAACUGCUGUCUGCCAUACUUCAGAUGCGAACUGUCUGGAUGAUGCCUUUUCUCCUGUGGACAGCUUACCCCGAGCAGCAGUUAAUCAUGUGCCUGUUGAAACAGAAGAAUUGCUCAACUUGCCUAGCAAUGGUGAAAGUGAUUGUUUUAAUUUAUUUGAGACUGGCUUUUAUCAUUCAGAGCUAAACCCAAUGAAUAUGUGCAGUGAGGAGACGGAAAGAUCUGCGAAGAGACUGAAAAUGGGAAUUGCUGUCCCAGAAUCUUUCAUGAAUGAUGUCUCUGUAAAUAACCUUGGUGUGGACUUUGAGAACCACACACACAUUACAACUGCCAAAAUGGCUGUUUCAGUGGCUGACUUCAGCAGUCUAUCUACAAAUGAUGCAAAUGGUUUUAUCAACACCCACACUCUACACCAACAUACUGCCCUUCACUCAGAAUGACUGUUGAAAAUGAAACAAACAGUGGGUACUUUAUGCAGUAGUGGUAAACUUGAUGAGAGCUAUCAGGUUUGCUUAGUCUUUCACUGGAAAUAUGAACUUUAUGACAUCAGUGAUGUCUUUGUAUGUAUAGAACUAUAUCUUGAUUUAUCAAGAGUAAUUUCUUUUUUCAGUCCAUAAAUGAGGAAAUGUCAUACAACGUUUGGCAGAGUUUGAGACUAAAACAAUUCUGUGGUGCAGCUUGAAGCUCUGCUCCAAUUUUUUUUUAAAGCCUGUAGACAGAAACCACCAUUUCAAACCCAGCACAGAAGUUCUGAACUGGUUGAAGUGGCUUUUUAGUAUAAGUUACUGUUAUUCCACUGUAUUCAUCACAGCAAAAGUGUUUACAGGUACUAAUCCUGACCCCUGCACAAGGUAGCAUUUUUUUCUUACAAAGGCAGGGAUUGUUUUCUUUAAUUUAAACUGCACAAACACACAAGGAUGGUUUUUAAAUGAAACCUUCUCUCAUGUGGUACUAAACUAGAGCACUUCAAUUUACAAAACAGUAACUUCAUCUUGAUGGAAGCUAGCACAAGGGACUUAACAUGAGUAAAGUACAAAGAUACGCUUGGAUGCUGUUGCAAAAUUAUAGGCCAUGGCUACCUUAUACAAGUAAUGAUACUGCGAGAGGUGUCUGUGUACUUAAAACUUACUGGCUGUAGGGGAACUGUUAGGUCAGGGCUUGAACUGGUGGUUGAGCACCUGGUGAAGGGGUGUGGCUGGCAAAUUGUUUGUACCUGUACUCCCCAUGUGACCAGAAGGGGUGGACCUAGGGUGGAGCCACUCUGGGCUCAUAUAAGGGCCAGCAUCUCCUGGGCUUAGGUUGCUUUUUGCAAAGGAAUGUUGUAUUGUUAGGGGUUUCCUUUUCCUGCUGGGUGAGUUCUGGUCUUGUUUUUGUAUGUUGCUAUUGGUCUGCUUGUGAGUACUCUGCCUGGUAUUGCCAAGAACUUGUCAGAAGCAAUUUCACUUUUUUUUUUUAUGAGCAGAAUGCUGGCUUAAACAGAUUCAUUUCAGGGUGUUGUGUUUUUCUGGAUUUUGUCUACAGCUUUAAAGAGUAAUAUAAUUGUGUAAUGUAACUUUCCAAAGACAGCUGAUGCGUAAAGCUACAGUCUGCACAGUUAAGGAUUUACCACUAAACAGUCAAUGUUUUUGAAGGCAUCUUAAAUUGUUAGGAGUGCUGCAGUUGAAAGCAUCAUGGUUUUGGGAGUCUACCUAGUUUAUAUCAAAAUAGUGGAACCUUGUAGUAUGUACCUAAAACCUUCUACUUAGCAUGGAUUGUGUUUAUUUGUUUUGGCAAAGUCAUUGGCUGAAAAAUGGCACUUUGCUACUUUGGUAAAAUAGAAAAAGAUCAAGUAGAAAUGCUUCUCAUAAGCUAACUAUCUGGGUAAAUUUUUACUAUGAACAUAAAGUACAAGUUAGCUAUCCAGAAAGCUUAUCUUGCAAAUUCUUGUGGGAGAGUUGAACGAAGCAUGGUAUUGGCUUGUAACAUGUUGUAGCGUACAACUUACAAGUUAACUGAUAAUCUGAAUCUUAUUGCAGUAAAAUUACUGUUUUUUCUCCAUAAUGUUGUUUUUUGCACUGCUUGUGUUAUAUGUUUAAUUGCCACUAAUUUGUUCUUAUUAUUCAAGUGAUUAAAUUUGCUUCACUAAUAUUUGUAUAAUUACUUCAAGGUCUUGUUGAGUAAUUAGGAAGUAGUGACUUUAAUAUUAGAAGGGAAAGAGGAUAUUUAUUAUGUGUACUAUGAACUGCAUUGACAUUCUGAGUUUUAGAUGGAGAAUAUAGAAUUUUCUUUACAGCUUUGUAAUGAAGAUUUUUUAAGUGUUUAUGCAGUAGUGCAUUACUGUAUUAAAACUGAAUUAGUUUAGCAUAGUGGACAAAAGUAGAGAUAAUUUUAUCAUCAGCUCUUAACUUAUGCAUCUGAAGUAAUUCUAUUAUUUACACAGUAAAUAAUGGGUAGCCUUGGCCCUCUAUUGUACUGUUUUUUUAGUCAAGUUGUCAGCUUCUCAUUGCUGUUUUGUGCUGAACUUUGUACCUUGUUUCUUUUGUUUAUGAAUCAACAUUUUAUGCAACUUUGUAAGAAAUACUGGCCAUAAUCCUUCAUUGUUAUACAUUCAAAUUUCACUAUGAACUUACAGUGAGUAGCUGGUAUGUAUAAAAAAGAAUCAUCAUACAAAGAUGACUUAUACCAGAUGCACUUACCUGAAUAUGCCCAUUCUCAUUAGCUGAUGCAGUAAUAUAUUAAGUUUACCUAUGCAGUGCUGGGAUUUUAAUGUAGACAGAGACUUGUCCAAGGUUUGGGUUGCCAGCGAGUUUGAAUGAAUGCUUUAGUUAUUUAAUAAAGACUUUUGACUAAAACUCAGGAAACGAUAUGAGAGAAAAUAGAGUUCUGGCUAGUCGAAUAGGUUUUAAAUGAUGAUCCUGUUGGCUGGCUAGCUUGUUGGUAAAAUGAGGCAAUAACUUGCAAGAUCUUGUGAAUGUGUAAUUUUUUUCAUAUAUUUACAGUUAUCUAUUUCACUGUUUACUGACUAGUUCUACGUAUAGUAACACUUUUGUGUAUGCUUGAUGUCUUAGUUUCAGUUGAGACAGUGUUAAUAGCACACUGAUAUCUUGGUUGUUGCUGAAUGAUGGGAGCACACUCAGGGCCAUGCCAGGCUGCUUGGUGGGGAAGAGCCACUGCCUUUAUGGCAUGGCAGCAGGGCAGAGAUAGAACAACUAGCGUGAAUUAGGCAAGGGGUUAUUCCAUACCACGUGACAUCAUGUGGAAGGUUAUAAAGCUGUGGAGAGUUGACCUGGGGAUGGGCCGCUGCUUGUGGAUUAUCUUGGCCAUCAGUCAUUGAGUGGUGAGACAUUGUGCUAGUGGGGUGUUGGUCAGCAAACAGUUGUAUUGUUAGUUGAUUGGCAGGUGGCGAGUAAUUGCACUGGGGAUGUGUUAUUGCAUUUUUGUUUCUCUUUUUCUUGGGAGGGGAGGGUGAGUGAACAGCUGUGUGAUGCUUAGUUACUUGUAGGGUUAAACCACAACGGUCCUUUUGGCCCCUGGUGUAGGGCUCAAAGGGUUGAGAUAACAUCAAAUCUGACUGGAGCAUGUUAGAAUAGAAUUGUUUAUAAGCAUUACAGUAGUUCUACAAUUGCAGGUUGCAAUGUUAUUUUUUCCUGUUUUUUGAGAUCUUCCAGAGUCUUUUCAUGGAACCGUAUUAUUUAAUAUACGUGCUAUAUAUGA